CCACUUCGGCCCACACAAAAAAACGACUCUCCAUACUCUUCUCCAAUUUCGUCGGAUUCUCGAUGUUUCUCUCGGUUGCGCCUGAAAAGCUCUAGGCAACUGGUUGCCAUUGGAUUUUCAUGUUGAAUUUACGUAAAAAAAGUUUGUCGAAUUUUGAGUUUUCAGCUUAACCUUUCGAAAGAUUGCAUGCAUGAAGCUUAUAGCUCAUAGGAACAAGUUCACAAAAAUCUGUAGCAAUGAGCAACUUAAACGUCAUGCGGGACAUCGGUAAACGCUGCUUCCUCCAGCUGCGUGAUAGAAAUUUGGUUUUCGAUGGCGGUGCUGUAUGCAAAAUCCCUUCUUUUGCAAAUUGGCGCGAAUGCCCACCGUGUGUUCGAUAUUAUCAUCAGAUGAGAAAACGGUCUCCGUCUUCGUUUACUUCUUCGAAUUCUUCUUCUUCUUCGUCUUUUCUGAAGCUUGGGUUCGUGGGUUGGUAUCUGCGGAAGCUCGAAACCCAGCCACUUGUUACAAAGAGCAUAACAUCAUCACUCAUUUUUGUUGCAUCUGACUUGACUUCGCAGACAAUUACAAUGCCAUCUGCUUCUGCUUCUUAUGAUUUGAAAAGGACAAUGCGCAUGGCAACAUAUGCGUUGUUCAUUUUGGGGCCAUCGCAACAUAUGUGGUUUAACUUCUUGUCCAAGGCUUUCCCAAAGACAGAUGUGCCAUCAACCUUGAAGAAAAUUUUGAUGGGGCAGGCUGUAUUUGGUCCCGUCAUCAAUACUGUUUUCUUCUCCUAUAACUCUGCCCUGCAAGGUGAAAAUGGUUCUGAAAUAGUUGCUAGGUUGAAGCGAGAUCUGCUUCCAACACUUCUUGGCGGUGCUAUGUUUUGGCCUGUCUGCGAUUUUGUGACAUUCAAGUUCAUUCAAGUUCAGUUACAGCCAUUGAUGAAUAGUUCCUGCGCCUAUGUGUGGACUAUAUAUCUAACAUACAUGGCAAACCGAUGAAGUGGCCAUUUGGUUAGGGCCUGGAUUUUCAUGUUUUUCUUUUGCAGUCAAUUCCUGGAUUUUGAUUUUAAUCUUGCAGAUCUCUUACAUCUAAUAUCCAAUUAUGGGUCCUCUCAAUUUCAACGAUCCAUUUAGUGGUCAAUUAUUGAAUUUGAAAGGUUCA